AUGGCGGUCUGCAAGGAGCGUAUGUCAGACCUGGAGAGUGGCAUGGCCACAAUUAUUAAAGUUUUCCACAAAUACUCAGGCCAUAAAUGCAUACUGAAGAAAGCGGAGCUUAAAGCACUCAUCAACAACGAGAUGAAUCAUUUCGUAAAGAAAAUUAAGGAAAAUGACACUCUGGAUGCACUCUUUACGGAUCUCGACCAGAAUGGAGACCAGGAGAUUGACUUCAAAGAGUUCAUAGCCCUCAUUGCCAUGGUGACUUCAGCAUGCCAUGACCACUUCAGAGUGACCUAG